AUGGCAGACAUUGUGGAGAAUCCAGAAAAGAAAGCUGAUAGACCCCCUCUUCCCCGACAUAUCAUUGUUAACAUUCUCAAAAGACUUCCAGUAAAAUCCCUAAUUCAAUUUCAAAGCGUGUGCAAAGAUUGGAAAAAUCUCAUCAAGUCUCAGUCUUUCAUAGAAAUCCACCUCCACCAUUCCAGCCAUCAAAACUCUUCACUUAUCCUCGGAUGGCAACAUUCCAGGUCCUUUCAAAUGCAGGUUGGUUUGCUGAAUCACAACGUGCAACUCCUAGAAGUUCAAACCUCUCCUUUGAUCAACUGGAUAUUUGCUAAGAUCUUUGGUUCUAGCAAUGGAUUGCUCUGUGUUCGAAUUGCUGGGGACAAUGUGGGUCCUCGUCCUAUUUUAUUGUGGAAUCCAGCGAUAAGAGAUCAAGUGAGAAAGGUGCGUGUGCGUCCUAGAACUAGUAUUGAUUCUGAGGGUGAAGAUUACAUUUUAGGAUUUGGGUUCAGUCCAGUUGAUAAUGAUUACAAGAUAGUGAGAAUUAAGAUUCCUAACUAUCAACUUGUGGUUAGCCCAAUGGAAGUGUAUUCACUAAACUCUGGGUCAUGGAAGGAAGUAGAAUUUGUAAACUCAAAAGGUAUGACUAUUAGGUGUUUAAGAAAUGUCACUGUUAAUGGAGUCAUGUUUUGGAUUGGUGGAAAGCAGGAGGUGAAUGAUGAUUAUACUCUACUUUCAUUUGACCUGUCAAAGGAAGAGUGGACAAUGAUACCAAUGCCUGAUUUAAGCAUUUGUGAUAAGAAAAAGCUUGUUGUGUAUGAGAACAAACUUGCUGUGGCUACUGGCAUUGUUGGGGAGGAUAAAUCUUAUUUGAUUCAUUUGUGGGUGAUGGAGGAGGAUGCAUGUGGGGUGGGAUGGAUUUGGACUAAAAUAUUUACUAGCAGACCCUGUCCAUACAUGUUUGAUCCAUUGACUAUUUGGAGGAAUGAGAUUGUCUUUAAGCCUUUUAAUCAAAUUCAGAAUGAUGUUCCAGGAUCAAUUUUAUAUCUGCUCAAUCUUACAACCAAUAAGUUUCAGAGGGUUGCUCUUAGAUCUUCCUCUUUCAAUAGAAUCAACAUUGAAGUUUUCAAUUAUGUGGAAAGCCUUGUAUCAGUUGGCAACAACAUCAACGGUGAAGGGCUUUGA